AUGGGAGGCCUAUUUUCAGAUGGAAAAUUCUUACUUGGCAUUAUGUUUGCACUCUGGAGAAUGUGUUCAGCAAAAGAAACUCCAGCUAAUUUUGUGUUUGGGGAUUCUCUAGUUGAAGUAGGGAACAAUAACUAUAUUGUGACACUCUCUAAGGCUAAUUAUCUUCCCAAUGGAAUCGAUUUCGGAAUGCCUACUGGGAGAUUCACAAAUGGAAGAACCAUCAUUGACAUUCUAGGUCAGAAUCUGGGGUUCGAGGGAUUCACUCCUCCUUACUUAGCUCCCACAACAACAGGACCCGUAAUUCUGAGGGGUGUCAACUAUGCUUCAGGUGGAGGUGGCAUUCUUAAUGAAACAGGAGAAAUAUUUGUUGGUAGACUUAACAUGGAUGCACAGAUAGAUUACUUUGCAAAUACCGGGGAAGACAUCAUCUCAAGCAUUGGUCUUCCUGCGGCUGUGAAUUUACUUAGAAGAGCUCUCUUCACAGUAUCAAUUGGCUCUAAUGACUUCAUCAACAACUACUUGGCGCCUGAUUCUGAGCCUGUGAGGAAGUCAAUACCUCCGGAAACCUUUGUUGGCAUUUUGAUUGCAAGAUUCAGACUACAACUUACAAGACUGUACAAUUUGGGUGCAAGGAAGAUGGUUAUAGUAAAUAUAGGACCUAUUGGCUGUAUACCAUAUCAGAGGGAAGUAAAUCUGUUAUCUGAUCCAGAUAGAUGUGCUGAAUUUUCGAAUCAAUUAGCACGUUCAUUCAACACAAAGCUAAGAACCCUUGUCACCGAGCUAAACAUGAAUCUUCCAGCUGCCGAGUUUGUGUAUGCAGAUGUCUAUAGAAUUGUGGAAUACAUAACUGAGAACUACAACUCAUAUGGUUUUGAGAAUUCCAACUCUGCAUGCUGCAGAGUCGCAGGGCGCUACGGGGAAAUUCCAUGCGGUCCUCAGCCAUCGAAAGUUUGCGAAGACAGAUCAAAGUAUGUGUUUUGGGACGCUUACCAUCCUUCUGAUGCUUCAAAUGUGAUCAUAUCAAGGUGUCUUCUGUAUGGGAACUCCAGAGAUAUUUCACCAAUAAAUAUAGUGCAACUCCUGCAAGCUUCUUAA